AUGACAAGUACUUCAGCAAAAGAAGUAUUUUGUUAUCUUCAUGUUGAUGGACAUUUUGUAAAAGAUUUACAGGGGAAGAUGAACUAUGAAGGUGGGAAAUUAAUUUCCAAAUUGAUUAGAGAAGGCAUAAAUCAUGAAAAGCUAUUGAGGAUGGUGUUAUCAGUGGCAGGAGUUGAAAGUGGUGCAGUUGACUUGAAAUUUAUAGUGAAGUUUAGUAAAAACACAUACAUAAAUCUGUUAAAUGAUGAGGGAGUACAACAUUUGAUAAAGUAUAAUGAUAAGUCAGCACAUAUGUAUGUUGAGACAAAUGAUAGUGAAAUAAAUGGAGCAAUGGAUAAUUCGAUGGAAAUGGAGAAUUUGUUAACAUGGUCACUACCAGGAUCUCCUUGUAGGCAAGAGCUUGAAAGUAUAUCACCCUCUUUGCCAUGUUCAACACAAAAUGCUCUUGUACCACUGCUUAAGGUUAAUUCGGUAAAAUGGAUGGAUUUAUUUAUAAGUGUUGGCCAGACAUUUGAUGAUGCAAUUGUAUUCAAAAAUGCACUAUAUAAAUACAGCCUUACUCAUAGGUUUGGUUACAUAUUUGUGAGAAAUAGCCCUAAGAAGAUGAUUGUCAAAUGCAAUAUUGAUGGUUGUAAAUGGAAGAUAUCAGCUUAUGCUCUUGGGAAGACAACCUCUAUAUUGUGUGUGAAAAAAUUCCAUAAUGAACACAUGUAUUUUGUUCAAGACAACCUCCCAUUAAAGCAAAAGGCUAACUCAAGAUUGACAUCAUCAAUCAUCAUUGAUGCUAUGAGGGGGAAUGUGGAGAAAACUUCAAAUGAGAUUAGACAAGACCUUUACAAAGAGUAUGGGUUAAAUCUCACAUAUCGGCAAGCUUUGAGAGGAAAAGAUAGAGCAUUGGAGGAAAUACAUGGGCUUCCAUAA